AAAGAAAAAGAACGUUAUCAAGAAUCUUCAAGUUUUUGGCGGGCACUUAAAAGAAGCCACAGACGCCCUUACCACUGAAAUAGUGCUCAGAAUUCUAAGCAAGGAAAAGGUAUUCAAAAAGGAAGAUAAAAAAGACACUAAAGUACAUUUAUGGGAUUUCAGCAGAAUUAAGGACCAAAUAGUAACUGAUAACAAAAAAAUGUUAGCAAUUAAAUUCAAGCCUUAA